ACUGUGGUCACAGAAGAGGAAAACGUCGAGGAUAACGCACGCUUGACGAAACGCUGUGCUGCCGUUCUUGAAUACACUCAUGACUUGACAGCAGCCGGUUGAAAAAAAUUAUGAACUGCUGAUCUCAUGUGCGUUUGCCUACGACGUUUUGGAUGUGAUCUUCAUUGAUGCAUACCAUUUUUACAGACUCACAUUUCGAUCAAUUGGGAAGAGGAAAUAUUGUAUGUUUUCUAUUCAGACUCGGAUUAGCUAGCUGUUUGCUAGCAUACGUUUUGGAAUAUGAAGACUCAAAGCUGUGAGGACCAAGAGAUGAGAUGUAUUAGUAUUGACCACAACAUGUGGUGUAUUGAAUCCUCUUUGAGAUGUGGAACUCUUUCUUAUCUAGCUAGCUAGAUCAUUAUCAGUAGCUACCUAGCUAGCUAACGGCAUUUUUAACAAGCUAACCAAUUAGUUCGCUAACAGUUAGCUACAGUAGUAGCCUAGUUGGCUACAGUACUGUAUGUAUGAAGAUUGCAAGAGUCAAUUUCUUAAUCUUGUAGCUAGGUAAUUUGACUGCAUUUGCCAUUUUUUUCUGGUUUAGUCUAGCUUCUAGCUUGAAUGUAAAGAACGAUUUAUAUUCAUCGAUAGUAGAUUGCCAGCUUGUGAAUAACUAGUUACCUUGUCAGCUUGCAAGCUGUCCAACAGUGCUGCCAGUUAUAGAUUAAUUGCUCGCUAACGUUAGUCCAAGCUGCAACAAGUCACUCAGUCAUGAUUGUAACCAUUUUGUAGCUUUUAAAAGUAGCUAUAUAUCACCUCUUCCACGUUUUGGACAUCAUUUUUCAGGGUCUUUAAACCUGUAGUAGCAAGAUACUUGGCUGACAAGUGGACAUUUUGGAGAGGGGUUAAUCGAACACCUGCCAACUACAAAGUCACUGUCAAUACCACACUAUGUUGACAAUAGCUUGCAAACUUGCUGGCUAGCUGCUUCUGUCAUUCUUUUCGCCCAGACCUUCACAACACAGUGGGGGAACAAACCUUUGAUACUGCCUGUUGUUUAUUUCCCCGGAAAUAAAAGGAUUUCAAUUGGAUUGAAAAUGGGAGCCGCUACCAAGUUGGCGUUUGCUGUUUUUCUCAUCUCAUUUUCCUCAGGUGCCAUCCUGGGAGGCUCGGAAACACAGGAGUGUGUUUAUUACAACUCCAGCUGGGAGAAGGAGAGAACCAAUCGCAGUGGCAUCGAGCCGUGCUACGGGGACAAGGACAAGCGGCUCCAUUGCUUCGCCACCUGGAAGAACUUCUCAGGAACCGUGGAGAUUGUCAAGCAGGGCUGUUGGCUGGACGAUUACAACUGCUACGACAGUAGUGAAUGCGUGGAGAGGAAAGAGAGUCCGGAUGUCUUCUUCUGUUGCUGCGAAGGCAACAUGUGUAACGAGAAGUUCCUGUACAGCCCAGACCCACAGGCCGUCCAAAGUAAGUCCUCUUCGACCUCCAACCCGUUCACCCAGAAGCCUCAGCUGUUCAACACCUUGCUGUACUCUCUAGUGCCCAUCAUGAGUAUCGCCGCCAUUGUGCUCUUCUCCUUCUGGAUGUACCGACAUCACAAGUUGGCGUACCCGCCUGUCCUGGUGCCAACGCAGCACGCCUUUCAUAUAAUGAUAGAGGACCCGCUUGGGCCACACACGCCUCCCUCUCCAGUCAUGGGACAGAAACCGCUGCAGCUGAUCGAGGUCAAAGCUAGGGGGCGCUUUGGUUGUGUCUGGAAGGCUCAGCUGCUCAACGAAUACGUAGCUGUCAAAGUCUUUCCCAUUCAGGACAAGCUGUCGUGGCAGAAUGAGUACGAGAUCUACAGUCUAAGUGGGAUGAAACACGAGAACCUGCUUCACUUCAUCGGUAUAGAGAAGAGGGGUAACAACAUGGAUAUAGACCUCUGGCUCAUCACAGCCUACCAUGACCACGGCUCUCUGACUGAUUACCUGAAGGCCAACGUGGUGUCGUGGAACGAGCUGUGCCACAUCUCCCAGUCCUUGGCCCGGGGACUCGCCUAUCUCCACGAGGACAUCCCAGGCCUGAAGGACGGACACAAGCCUGCCAUCGCUCACAGGGACAUGAAGAGUAAGAAUGUGCUUCUGAAAAGCGACCUGACCGCUUGCAUAGCGGACUUCGGUCUGGCCCUGAAGUUUGAAGCGGGGAAGUCGGCCGGAGAUAUCCACGGACAGGUGGGCACCAGGCGCUACAUGGCCCCUGAGGUGCUGGAGGGGGCCAUCAACUUCCAGCGGGACUCCUUCCUGAGGAUAGACAUGUACGCCCUGGGCCUGGUGCUCUGGGAGCUGGCCGCUCGAUGCACCGCCGCGGACGGGCCAGUGGAUGAAUACGCUCUGCCGUUCGAGGAGGAGGUAGGCCAGCACCCGUCUCUUGAGGACAUGCAGGAGGUGGUGGUGCAUAAGAAGCUCCGGCCCUGCCUCCGGGAGUGCUGGCAGAAACACGCGGGCCUAUUCAUGCUGUGUGAGACCAUCGAGGAGUGCUGGGAUCACGAGGCGGAGGCGCGCCUCUCGGCCGGCUGCGUGGAGGAGCGCGUCAUCCAGAUGCAACGCCAGACCAACGUCGUCGCCCCGGAGGAGAUCGUCACCGUCGUCACUAUGGUGACCAACGUGGACUUCCCGCCCAAGGAGUCCAGCCUCUGACUGGACGGAGAGAGUCAGCUGACACGUCAGGUGGCGACCGUGAAGAGAUUUUGAUUGGUCCUCGUCAGAUGUCAGGGGUCCAUUAACUAGUCAGACUGGCCCGUCAGGUUCAUGAACUCUGGCUCAUCCUGGGUUAACCUCUGACCCCUCAGACCAGUGGGCUAGUGUUUUAGUACAGGGCACUAGACUGCUCACUGCAGUGCCCACUUCAUAGCUACAUGCUGUAGGCCUGAACUAACACCUACAGAUGGACUCGCUUAGCGAGCUUGACAUUUUUAAGCUGGAUCCUUCAAAAGGACAAUACCAUGUUUUAACUGUUGAGCAAACAGCCUCUUUAAGCUGGGGAAAACAAGAUCCUUCAAAAGGACAACACUAGGUUAUAACAAAUGCUGUGAGCUGAGGGAAAGGAUAUGGUCAUUUGUCAGGUAUUUUCUUUUAUAUAUAUAAAAAACACCAUAUAUAUAUUAUACACACACACAAACACACACACGGAAAACACUAGGACCUCUCAACAGACUUCAGUUGUAUUUUCUAAGAAAACGAAGAGGAAGGACUGGAAGAGGAAACUUCUCAAAGCUCUGCUCCGUAACGUCAGCAUAAAAAAGGGCAAUUUGUUUCAAGAAUGCAUUUGCUGUUUCCUUCUGUGUUUAUAUGAUAAUGACUAUUGUAAUGCCAAUAAGAAACAGCUUCUGAAUGUCAUGUGUGCUGCUGCUGUACAUAAUAUCAAUGGAUAGAAAACAAUGAUGAUCAAGGUUUAUUUAAGGGGGUGGGGGG